AUGGCUUUAAUGGAAUCUAUACGUAAGCGUUUCAGCCAUCGGCUUGAGUCCCAUCAGAUUGAUGAAGAUUAUACUACCCCCUCAAGGUCGAGCAGCAGUGUCCGUGAUUCAACACAACCAAAUAACAUACCAAAUACUAUCAAUCCGAAUGCAAAUAAUGUUGACAGAUCUACAAAUUCUUUUGUGUAUAACGUGGUAGACCCCUACGACCCUUCAGAAAUGGUUCCAUCGUACGAGACAUCUCAGUUAUUGUAUGAACAACAACAAAGGGCACCUGAUAGAAACGGUUCCAUUCCUAAUUCUUCAAAUAUAUCUCGAACAAUUUCGAGAACUAAUUCGUUUGCAACGAUAACACCAUUGACACAGAAUCAAGGCCCUAAUGCUAACCAAUCAAGCAACAAUGGUUCGCAUAAGAAUAAUACCAAAAAUUCGUUAAAAAUGCUAGGCCUAAAAUUUUUGAAUGCAAGACAGCAUUUUAUGUUAGCUUGUUGUCGAGAUAUAUCAUUAAUACCUUGUUUGAUAGGGCUAAUACAAUCUUGGAACAGAGUUUUUCUUAAUUCGGGUUCAAUGCAUAACUUUGUGGAUGACAAUCUAAGUUUAGUUGCACAAGAGACAGGUAAUGAAACUCUAUACCUAUCUAUGACAAGUGCUAGACUUUCGGAGCAUUUCUUAACUGGGGUCUGGUGCAUCGUUGCAGGAUAUUUGUCAUUUUCUGUGUUGGAUGGGUUGAUGAUCAGAUGGAUUGUUACUUACCUGACCUUGGCGGCCAUUGUUAGGAUGUUGUCCAUGUCAACAAUAAUGAUAACUAUUGAGCAAUACCUUCUCUCUACAUUUACUGCUGAUGGAUACAAAUAUGGCUUACAUAUUUGGAUAUUAAUAAGCUGUUGUUUAACCCUACUUUACAUUGGUCAGAAUUUUGUUACACUGAAUCUAGACUUGAAGGGUAACACAAGAGCACGGUUUUUCGAUUUUUAUAAUAUAGCUGUGUUUGCCGUAGUUCCAGUCGGAUUGGCUAGUUUUAUUACUAUGAUAGGAUUAUUAAGAUCGUUGCUUAUUUUAAGGCUUGAUAUUGAUCAAAAUGGUCUCCCUUGA